GCGCGUGCGUGAAGGGAAGGGGGCGGCGCCUGUGGGACGGGCCGGGGUCGCAGCGCGAGCGUGAGGGGACGCGGGGCUGGCGGGCGGGUGGGGGGUGAGGAGGCACCCCCCCCACCCCCCGGCGGAGAGCCGGCAGCCACCCGGACGGACCCUCCGCAGCCCGGUGGCCGCGGGGCGCCUGCUAGCGGAGGCCCGGCUCGUCAUUGAUUUGCCGUUGCUGCUGCCGUUGUGACGGAUCGCCUACCCCUGCGCGCCUGCUGGGUGCUCGCUGCAGAGCAGGAAAUUUCUUAGAGUGAAAGCCUUCCGUUCCUCGGAGAAACCAGACGUGGUUACGCUGGUUUUCAAAUACAUAAACCAUUGGAUUCUGUUCGUGGAGAGUGUAAGAGCCGCAUGCUGCUUGCUUCCUGAAGAAGUAGGUCUGUUUUCGUACGUGUAGCUGUAGAAGGGGCUGGAUAGGUUUCUAUUUCUUGGUCUAGCCUAAAAAUACAAGUUAAAUAAACCUUUUCACUUACUGUUGAAGUUAUAUUGAGUUACUUUCCUCAGAAUUUCUUGUCGUAUCAGCAUCCUCGGUCUCUAAGAUCAGGCCAGUUGCUGUGUGGUCUUUCACAACAAAAUUCUAAAAAAGCCCUGUAUCUCUAGCUCCCACCUCCUUAAUCUUUAGUGUGUGUGUGUUUUAAAUCAAAGAGAUUAACUGGAGGUGGGUAUGUGUUUAACAUAGUUUAUUUUUCAGAGACAGCUCAAGUUUAAUGUGUUAUUUUUCCUCGAUACGAGAGUUGUUACGCUAUUCAAAAUGAUACGUGUCAUCCGAUAUCUGGUAUGGUGUCACAGGCAAGGUUAACACCAGCCUUACGUAGAUCCCAGCCAGAGUCUGUGGAGAAGGUGAAGCAUUUCAGUUCUUCAGUAUAUUGUCUUUUACGAAGAAGUAAAAGGGAACAUGAGAUGUCAUCCAGAAUGCGUGCUGACAAACCUUGUCAGUUGGCAGUGUCGACUGUAGUUAACUCUCCGGACCGUUAAAUAGCACAGCUCCUCCUCUGUCUUGCAAAGCUUCCUGGACGGUGAAUUUCACACAUUCUUGCCUGUUCUUGAAAAUUGUUCCCUUGUUCUGUCAUUUCUUCUCUUAACACACAUUUCUUGGGCUCUUAGCAUGUGCCAGCCACAGGGCAGGCAUUUGAGAUACAGAUAAAGAAGGAAGCCUGUUUAUCAGUAUUUUAUAUUAAUAUUGUCUCCAAAUUCCGCUUAGGACAAUACCGUAUUUACGUAGAUACAAAGCAUACCUUCUGGAAGAGAGACUACAAAAUUAUUCUUAUUAAUUAACUAUACCCCCGCCAUGUGAAAGAGAUUCAGUUAACAUCAAUGAGUUUUUAGUAAAAUGACUGAGAAGGAAAUAUGUAAGUGAACAGAUUGCUUUACUGUCCUCAGUAACAAGCUAACACAUGUCUUUUUGGAAGAAAGUCUACUCAACAGUACUAGAAUACCUAAUAUUAAUUUUAACUAGAGAUAUGCCUGCACUAUAUGAGAAAACUUUAAAACCUUACUAGGAGGUAGAAGAAUAAAAGAUGAAUGGGCAUGAGACCAGUUCUGUUUUUUAUUAAAUUCAGUUGUUAAGGAAAUAUAAAUGGAAUUUUUUUCAAGAACACCCAUGCACUAUGUUCUUUAUGUCUUCAUCUUAAAAAUGUUUGGAAGUGGCUUAUUGCUUUUCAUAAUUUGGUGAGAAAAUGUUUCUGUUAAAGAGAAAUACUCCUAGAAAUGAUGGGUUUCCUUGGUUUACAUGACGUAAUUCAAACACUGAAGGCUUAGUAACAGUUUAAAAAACUUUUUAGGUUUUAAGAAUUUUUAUUUUGAGGAAAAGGAAGCUUCAUAUUACAACAUCUCUGUUUUGCUUACAAUACACCUUGACCUGCAGUACUCCUUGCAUGUCUCCUAUCAGAGUCGUUGUCUCCUAUCACAUCAACAUGUCUUAUAUCUUCUGGCCACAAAGCAAGGUCAGGACUGGGUGUGGCAUAGGCUGUAUAUGUAUCCCUGACACAGUACCAACACCCAGAGCAUCGUUUUUGCCUCUUUCACACAGUACCUCUCUGCUAUCUCAUUCUUGCCUUUUCUCAUAUUUCAUUAUGAAAACUUUUGAGCAUACAACUAAAUUAAAAGAAUACUUGUAAACCACUCUCCUAGACUCCACUAUUAACAUUUUACUUAUUUUAACAUACAUUUAUUUUUUCAUCAGUCCAUCUUUUUUUGGUGUGUAUUGAGUUAAUUGCAUGUAUCAGUAUACUUCCUCUAAAUACUUGAAAAUGUAUAUGUGUUAUUAACUAGAAUUCAGUAUUUGUUUAGCUUUUUGUUUUGAUGUAAAAUUUAUAUAAAAUGAAGUGCACAAAAUGAAAGUAUACAUUUUCUGAGUUUUCGCAGAUGCAUGGUCUUUGCCUUUUGUAUCUUCAAGUAUGUCUUUGCCAUCUCUCCUGGCCCCAGAGUUCUAACUCUGUGGCUGCUGGGUCCUUUUGCUAAUCAUUCCUUGCCCCUUGCACAUGCUAAAAACUAGUGAACUUACUCAAAAUGUAAAGAGAUCCUGUUCUCUUUUGUUAGGAAGCAUAUACUCCAGGGGUGCCUGGGUGGCUCAGUUGGUUGAGCAUUCGACUCUUGUGUAUUGUUUCGGCUCUGGUCAUGAACUCAGGGUCCCAAGUCAGGCUCCACACUGAGAGAGGAGUCUGCUUGAGACUCUCUCUACCUUUCCUUCCCCCUCUACCCCUCUCCCUGCUCCUUCGUUCUCUCUAGAAUAAAUAAAUCAUCCUUAAAAAAAAAAAAAGAAGCAUACACUUCAUAAACCUGAGUGAAAUGCUGUCCCUGACAAGGUCUUGCCUAUCUCUGGGUACUGGCGCUCCAGUACUGGGUCUUCAAAUGGAGACUGGAGGGCAGACACCUUGGGAAACAGACACGUAAUUUUUGUGGGUGCUCCUUAAGUGUUGGACAAAUGCCAGUGGAACAAAUAUGAAGUUGAAAGCACUACGCUAGUCUCUUAGGUUUCGAAUGAGAUUAUCCCAGUUCUCAAGUAGUUCCUUAUAAGGGAGGUGGACAGUAAGUAGGGUGUUGAAGUGCUAGAAUCAUGUACAAAGUUCUCCGUGAUUACUGGCCAGGGAACAGUUAUUCUCUCUGGGACAACAGGAAGGCUUGUCAGAAAAGGCAUUUAAAUGAGGCCCAGAGAUCAUGGGGCGAGUGCAGCAGGAAUUAAGUUUGAAAUGUUGUCAAGGCCAUGAAAGUAGAUGGUUGUGAAGCUUGUAUGCUCAGUGACCUGGUUGGAGCCGUGCUGCAGAACCUCUUAUGCCCUGGAUAGUCUCUUUCAUACCCUUCUGGUUCAUACUGAAAGCUUCUUGCAGCCCAUCUGUGCCCUGGUGGUAGGCAGAAUAAUCACUCCCCAAAGAACCAGAACCUGUGGAUAUAUUAAUAUUGCUAUAUGGCAAAAGGGACCUUGCAGAUGUGAUUCAACUAAGGACCUUAAGAUGGGGAGAUUACCCUGGAUUGUUCGGUGGGCCAAGUAUAAUCACAGAGGUCCAUCUGAGUUGGAGUAGGGAGGCAGAAGGUGAGCAUCAGGGGGAGAUGUGACUGUAGAAGAAAGGCAUAGAGAGAGCUGGUGUUGCUAGCUUCCUGCCUUACAAGCCUCCAAUUGAUGCCUCCAUCUGAGCUUCUGACUCCAUCCCUUGCCCUGUUCUCUCCUCUGGCUCCAGUCUGCUUGUCUGUUACUUCCUUCCUCUCAGUCUACAGACGACUCUCCAGUCCCCAGCACCUCUUCCAGGUGUGCGCUUUCUCUUCUUUUUUCACCUCCAAACUUUUCAUUCCUUUUGUGGAAUUUGUCUGCAGUUGCCAGCGAUAUAUUGAGACCAGUCUCCCCUAAUCACUAGUGAACCCUUAUCUAACCAAUCCUGUACAUUAUGCUCCUUAACUUACCCAAACUCUUUUAAGUCUCCCCUCCUUGAAAUUCUCUCUUCUGGCUUUUGAUACACCUCUCUUCCGGAUCUUCUCAUUCUCUAGUGGGUCUUUCUUUGCCUCCUUCGUGGGCUUUUCUUUCUCUUCUAUUUGCUUCCUAAAUGUUGAUUUUCCCAAUAAUCUAAUCCUGGUCUUACACUUCAUUUUACUCUUCACAUUAUCUUUGGUUGACUUUAUAUACUGCCAUGGUGUCAUCUGAUAAUACCAUUAACUAACUUUAUGAAAUCUUACUGUUUCUUAGUGGGCUUUAUAAGAAUUAUUAUGUCAUAGGGUUGUUGAUAGGAAUAUAUGAUCUCACUUAGACUCUUGUCCACCUGCCUACUUCACCUUUAUCUCAUAGUGGAAGAACAUAGUCACUCUCAAAUCUGUGACAAAAGACCAUCCCCUACCCCCAAAAUCUUGUUGGAGAAUAUAGCUGAGUAGUUUGGAUAGAUAUAGAACAGAAAUGUCAAAGGCAGAUGAUACAGCUGGAUAACCCUCACAUCUACAUAUGUUUCCUAAAUGUCAUUUCUCUGUCCCACUUUCUGAGUUUAAAACCAACCCCAUCAGGAUGUGAGGAUGAUCUGGCUGCAACAUCUGUCACCCCAUUGAUCACCAAGGUUGGUUUAGCUGAUCUGGCCAGGUAGGUGGGUGUCCCCUUCCUCCUUCACUGCUCCAUGUGCAUCCCUCCCGAAGUUGCAGGUUCAAUCAAAGAGGACAACCUUCGGGGCGCCUGGGUGGCUCAGAUGGUUAAGCGUCUGCCUUCGGCUCAGGUCAUGAUCCCAGGGUCCUGGGAUCGAGUCCCGCAUCGGGCUCCCUCCUAGGCGGGGAACCUGCUUCUCCCUCUGCCUCUCUCUCUCUCUGACUCUCAUGAAUAAAUAAAUAAAACAUUUAAAAAAAAAUUAAUAUAAAAAAAAAAAGAGGACAACCUUCCCCAAUAGAGGAGGACCAUUCUUUGGUCAAGGGUAUACAAGAAGCUGCGCUCCCUGCUAGAACUUCCAAACAAGCUCUCAAGGUCCGUUUGUAGGAGAACAAGUUUCCAAGACUCCAGACACAUCCAAAUGAGGCGCUGCAUGUGGCAGUCUGCCUUUCUUUAAAACAAAACAAAAAACAGCCCAGUACCAUCAUUUCUCUAGUGCCUACUCCUGCUGAUACAUUGUUGUCAUAUCGGUCACCCAGGAAACUGGGAGUCAUCUUUAACCCCAACCCAUCUUCACAUCCAUAUCCAUUUGAUUUUCAGGAAAUACCAAUCUUUCCAAAGUCUGCCUGCUCUGCAUUUCUACCCUUAGUCCUAAUUUGUGUUCCCAUCCUCUGGAUUAUGGUUUUAGCCUCCUUCCUUGUUCCUUUGCUACUGUUAUAUCUUCCAUCAGUACAUUACACAACCACCCCAAAUGCAGAGGAAGCAUUUUUAAGGUGCAAAUUUAGUAUCAUAUCUGGGCUUAUAACAUGUAGGACAGAGUCUGAAAAUGGCUUUUUUGUCCUUUUGUGACCUAGGUCUGGUCAUGUGUGUCUGUGGGCUCCCUUCUGGCUGUUCCCUGCCCUUCACAAGUAUGCACCAGCUGCAGUGAGCUCCCUUCCCCAUACAUCAUUGUCUUAGGCUCUGCCUUUGUUUACACAGGUCCCCACCCUUCUUUGUCUGCCUAAUUAGCUCUAGGACCCAGCCUUGAAAUCACCAGGUGGUGCUGGGUGCUAUUUUCUGUGCUCCAUGACCCCUUGGGCAUGCAUGCCGUUGUCAGAGCAGUAAUCAUAGUGGACUAUAGGUGUCCAUUUUCAGUGUCUUCAGCUAGACUCAGCUGCUUGCUGUCAGGAAUAAAUACUGUAUUCAUGUUUUUAUCUCCUGGGCCUUGUACAGAGCCAGGCGCAUAGUAAGUGUCUACUAAUUAUUUAUUAAAAUGACAGAAGAUCCAAAUAUAUAACAUCAAGAUAGUAAUCAACUUACCAGCUGUUUCCCUAAACACAAAACUCAUCCCAGUAUCGCCACAUGGCAGUGACAAUUGUUACUUUAGAGAAAUCAGUUUUGGCCAGUUGCACAGAAAGGUAUCAGUGAUAAAAGAAUCUGAUUAUUCCAGGGUGCCUGGGUGGCUCAGUCAGUUAAGCAUCUGACUCUUGGUUUCAGCUUAGGUCAUGAUCUCAGGGUCUUGGGAUGGAGCUCCACGUCGGGCUCUGUGCAGUGCGUGGAGUCGGCUGGAGAUUAUCUCCCUCUUCCUCUGCUCCUCUCCUGCUCGUGCAUGCGUGCGUGCUUUCUCUCUAAAAUAAAUAAAAUCUUGGGGCACCUGGGUGGCUCCCCAAGAUUAAGUGUCUCUUCAGCAUCGUUAAGCGUCUGCCUUCGGCUCAGGUCAUGAUCCCAGGUCCUGGGAUCGAGUCCCUCAGCGGGAAGCCUGCUUCUCCCUCUCCCACUCCCCCUGCUUGUGUUCCCUCUCUUGCUGUCUCUGUCUGUCAAAUAAAUAAAUAAAAUCUUUAAAAAAAUAAAAAUCUUAAAAGAAUCUGAUUAUCCCUAAGAAGUGGUAGGAUUUAAUUAAUUGAUUAGUUCAAAUAGAUUUGAAUAGUUGCAUAGAUUAAAUAAUGGCUUAGAUCAGUGAUUCUCAAACUUGGCUUCACAGUUGAGUCACCCAGGGAACUAUUUAAAAGAAACAAAAGCUUGGCCGCUCACCACAAUUAAGUCAGAAUCUCUCAGAGAAGGAUGGCAUGGGAUCCAGGUGUCAUAAUUUAUGAAUAUACUUGGCAUUUCCAGCAUUCAGUUAGGGCUGAAAACCACUGGUUUAGGGAAAGGUUUGAGUAAGUUAUCAGAACUGGAGGUUAAGGGAAGUUAGGAUGACAUGAGACUAAUUGCAGGCUUUUUGUAUUUUAUAUAAUCCUAAAAUGGGAGAGUUAAUGGAAUGGACCUUAGAUACCUAUGUAAAGUAGAGGCUGUACUGUAGUGUUUUUAAUAAGAUCUGAUUGAAAAUUUAUUGGUGGCCAGAAUUUCCUGCUUUCUUAGGCAACCUGAUCUAUUUCCAGGUGUCAUAUGGUUAUAAUAUUGACUUGUAAUUGAUUUCUUUGUGACUGCACACAUUACUCCUAAUUCUGCCCUCUGGAGCAACUCAAAAUAAAUAUCCCUGUUCCACAGGACCUGUAAAUAUGUGAAAACCAUUCUCUUGCUUCCAUAAAGUAAUUUCUUACACAGUUUAACAUCCCUGGUUAUUUCAGCCUUUAUUCAUGUGACAUCGAAAAGUAAGUUCCAGGGGCGCCUGGGUGGCUCAGUUGGUUAAGCGACUGCCUUCGGCUCAGGUCAUGAUCCUGGAGUCCCUGGAUCGAGUCCCACAUCGGGCUCCCUGCUCGGCGGGAAGCCUGCUUCUCCCUCUGACCCUCCUCCCUCUCAUGUGCUCUCUGUCUCUCUCAUUCUCUCUGUCUCAAAUAAAUAAAUAAAAUCUUUAAAAAAAAAAAAAAAGAAAGAAAAGUUCCAGGAGCGCCUGGGUGGCUCAGUCGUUAAUUGUCUGCUUUCGGCUCAGGUCAUGAUCCCAGAGUCCUGGGAUCGAGCCCCGCAUCGGGCUCCCUGCUCAGCGGGGACCCUGCUUCAGGGAGCCUGCUUCUCCCUCUCCCACUCCCCCUUCUUGUGUUCAGUCUCUCUCUGUCAAAUAAAUAAAUAAAAUCUUUAAAAAAGAAAAGAAAAGUAAGUUCCAGGAAAGGUUAAGAAACCUCCUAGUAAGUAUUGGAGCAGGGACUUGAACCUGGGCAGUCUGGCUGCAGAAUCCAUGCUAUUAGCCACAGUUGGAAAUAUGCAGUUGAGGUUGAGGAGCAAGGUCGGGAUAGAAGACAGAGUGGUCUAUUCAUGUAGCCAAAACACAGUUCUGUUGUGUGCCUGGCAGUGGGAUAGACAGUGGGGAUAAAACAAGUAGGUACAUUGUGUGUCCUGGAAGUGCCCAGGGGGGCAUUGAAAGUGGAGACCGAGAGAUGCAGCGAAUCAUUAGAGAAGACUGAGAACCAAGAUACACAGAGGGAAGCUAGGUGAGGAAGGAAGCAAAGUAAAUAAAGAGCUUCAAGAACAAUCAAAAUGCCAACAGUGUCCUCUGUAAUAGAUGUCAUUGGUGAGAACGGUUUUUAGUGGUGUAGCAGGGCAGAAGCCAUACUGCUUUUAUGCAUGUAAAUUUGCAUAGAACUGAGAUGGAAAUCCGUAAGAUCUCCAGAAGACAAAGGGGGAAAACAAUAGGAAAGAAAACAGAUUCAAAAGAACUGUAAAUACAAACAUGGGAAACAUUCAAGCCCAGUAUUCAAAAGGUGGAAAUUAAAAAUACAAUCUAAGUUUAAAACACCUUAAAAACGCAAUGUUUAUAGACUUCUGUUUCUGGCCAACAUGGAAUAACAGGGACAACGGCAACAACAACAACAAAGACAGACAAAAUACAUGAAACAAUCGUUCUAAGACCCUGGAUAUCAGAUGACAAAGGACAGUCAUCCCUGGGAGAUGGAAAAUCAACGAGUAAAGCCGUUUAGAAAAAAAAGGCAAAAUGAAGACAUUGUCAGACUUAAAAAGCUGAAAGAAUUCAUUACCAGCAGACCCACAUUGCAGGAAAUGUUAAGCGAUGGCCUUCAGGGAGAAAGGAAAUGAAACCAAGUGGAAAUCUGGAUCUACAGGAAAGGAUGAAAAGCAGUGGCAAUGGUAACUACGUAGCUUCAUCUUCUCAGGAUCUCCAUUACUCAAAAAAGCAUCAUCAAAAACAAGGAGGGCAUGGAAGCCAAGUCACUAACUGCCAGGUCCCAUACACUGGUGACCUUCAAGGAUAUACUUGUGAACUUCACCAGGGAGGAGUGGAAGCUGCUGGAUACUGCUCAGCAGAUCAUGUACAAAGAUGUGAUGCUGGAGAACUAUAAGAACCUGAUUUCCUUGGGGCAUCAGCUUCCCAAACCAGAUGUGAUCCUCCAAUUGGAGAAAGGGGAAGAGCCAUGGCUGGUGGAGAGAGGGAUUCACCGGGAGACCCAUCCAGGAUACCAGUCAUCUUGGAUUGGGGGCCCAGUCUGUACCAGUACAACUUCAUUUAAUGACAUCUGCAAUGAUCCUGUUUCCAAAUACGGUUGCAUUCUGAGAUAUUGGUGGUUAGGACUUCAGUGUAUCUUAUGUGAGGCACACAAUUCAACCCAUACACCAGAUUUGGAGACUGCAGUUGAAAUUAAAUCAUCAAUUUCCAGUAAGAGCAUUUCUAAAAAUAAACAAUCCUAUGGCAUUAAAAUGGAAGGAAUUGCAAAGAAUGAUCUCUGGUGUUUGUCAUUAGAAGAAGUCUGGAAAUGUGAAGACCAGUUGGACAAGUAUCAGGAAAACCAGGAGAGACAUUUGAGGCAAGUGGCAUUCACCCAGAAGAGAGUACUUACUCAGGAGAGAGUCUGUGAAAAUGGUAAAUAUGGGGGAAACUGUCUUCUUCCUACUCAGCUGGUACUGAGAGAGUAUUUCCAUAAACGUGACUCACAUACUAAAAAUUUAACACAUAAUUUAGUUUUUAGUGGUCAUCAGGAAAGCUAUGCAAGUAGCAGUGAAUGUGGUCCAGCCUUCUGUCAAAACAUUCACCUUAUUCAGUUUGCAAGAACCCAGCCAGGAGAUAAGUCCUACAAAUGCCCUGAUCCUGUUAACUCUCUUACUAGUGGUACAUCCCUUGGUAUAUCAAAGAGUAUACAUAGGGAGAAACCCUAUGAAUGUAAGGAGUGUGGGAAAUUCUUCAGCUGGCGCUCUAAUCUUACCAGGCAUCGGCUUAUUCAUACUGGACAAAAACCCUAUGAGUGUAAAGAAUGUGGAAAAUCUUUCAGCCGGAGUUCUCACCUCGUUGGCCAUCAGAAGACUCACACUGGUGAAGAACCCUAUGAAUGUAAAGAGUGUGGAAAGUCCUUCAGCUGGUUUUCUCACCUUGUCACCCAUCAGAGAACUCACACAGGAGACAAACUGUACACUUGCAGCCAGUGUGGGAAAUCUUUUGUGCACAGCUCCAGGCUGAUUAGGCACCAGAGAACUCAUACUGGAGAGAAACCCUAUGACUGUCCCGAGUGUGGGAAGUCUUUCAGACAGAGCACACAUCUCAUUCUGCAUCAGAGAACUCACGUGAGAGUAAGGCCCUAUGAAUGUAACGAGUGUGGGAAAUCUUACAGCCAGAGAUCUCACCUUGUGGUGCACCACAGAACUCACACCGGACUGAAGCCCUUCGAGUGUAAAGACUGUGGAAAAUGCUUCAGUCGAAGCUCUCACCUGUUCUCCCAUCAGAGAACCCACACUGGAGAGAAACCAUAUGAAUGCCAUGACUGCGGGAAGUCCUUCAGCCAGAGUUCUGCCCUCAUUGUGCAUCAGAGAAUUCAUACUGGAGAGAAGCCAUAUGAAUGUUGCCAAUGUGGAAAAGCCUUCAUCCGGAAGAAUGACCUUAUUAAGCAUCAGAGGGUUCAUGUUGGGGAAAACACCUAUAAGUGUAAUCAGUGUGGGAUUAUCUUCAGCCAGAACUCUCCACUGAUUGUACAUCAGAUAGCCCACACUGGAGAACAGUUCUCAACAUGUAACCGGUGUGGGACAGCGCUUGUCAACAGCCCUAACCUUACUCGAUACCAGACCAAUCAUAUUAGAGGAAAUACUUAUUAAUAUAGUGAAUGUGGAGAGUUCUGUACAAAGAGCAAUAACUUUCUUUUGCAUUGGAAACUCCUUCUGGGGAGAAGCUGUGUAGAUGUAAUCUGUGCAGAAAUGCUUUCAGUCUUGUUACUACCCUUUUGUGCACUAGAGAGCUGGUCCUAGAAGGGGAAAUAACCCAAGAUUUCAUUUUAGUACACAAAUACAUCAGCUUUUCUUUCCACAAAUUCCUACAAAAGCAGUUGUCCUCGGAGCAUUCUUGACCAAGCCUUAAAAUGCUAAAAUCUGAGAAGUAGGUGAGUUGUUGAGAGAUUAUCCAACUUUGUUACCUUCUUCAAAAAGAUAAGAGUUGCUACUGCAAAGAAUAAAAAAUUGAUACAGUUAUCGUAACAAAAGUGGAAAAUAGUAUUCCAGUGAGUUAAUAUGCCCCCCCCUUUUUUUUUUACUUAAUUGUCUUUCUGGGACAUUUAGUAGUGUUUACUCUGUUUUAUGUGUCUGAUUUAAGCCACAUUUUGGUUAGCAGCAGGGAAAAUGCUUAUAAUGUAAUGUAGAAAAAUAACAUUUACUAGUAAUGGUACUUACUUUAAAUAUAUUUGCAUGUCGGCAAGAAUUGGAAAAGUACCCAUGGAUAAAUGACCAGAAAUGAUUUGUUAGGUAAUGGGAUUGAGUUUUAUAGUUUAUUCCAUGUUACUCUGAUAAUUAUUUGAAGAUAUUUUUAAAUAUUAAGAAAAAGAUAUCCAGCUUCUCUAUUCUAUCAUCAAGGACACUCAAGAACCAUCUACUAGCAGACUUUCCCAUUCUGUGUUGUUUAGGGUCAUAGUUAGAGUUGCACUCUUUGAGACAGGGUGCUAAAGGCUCCUGGGAAUUUAGAGACAGUGAUUCUUCGGACAUGGGGAUCUAGAGGAAGAUUAGGUAUUUGAGCACACCAGGGAGGGUCCCCAUUUGAGUGGGAACAGGUACUUGGGCCAUACUUAGAGCAGCUAUGCUCAUGAAAUAAACAGCAGUGCCCAAAGCCACCCUCCUUCCAAGGUAGUCCUUUAUCUUUGUGAAGGAAACGUAGUGGUUAAAUGCAUAAGCUUGAGCUAGACUACCCAAGUGGAAAUUCCACCUCUGCCCUUAACUUGCUGAGUGAACUUGGGCAUGCUGCCUAACCUCUCUGUGCCUAACUUACAGAUCUCCGCUUCUUUAAAUUAGGGAUAUUACUUACCUUGUAGGACUGUGGUGGGUAUUAAGUGAGUAAACACAUAAGCAGUUUAGAAUAG